AUGGGUCCUCUCGCUAAAGCCCUCAACAUCCUUCAGGCUGAGAUGGAUGUUCAGAUGGGGUGGCUUCUGCCCAUGCUGACGCUCCUCAUCAAUAAGCUUGAACGAAUCCACAUCAGUUCCAGGUACUGUAAGCCUCUGGUGGAGGCCGUCCUAGAGGGACUACAGAAGCGCUUUAAGGACAUGAUGGCAGAACCAGAGUUCAUUGCUGCUGCCAUCCUGCUCCCCAAAUUUAAAACUGCGUGCACAUCUGAUGAGAACCUAUUGAACCUGGGACUUGCCUACAUCAAGGACUAUCUGGAGGAAGAAUGUUCACAUCAGUCACCAGCCAAUGGAUCGAGUGCUUCAGAUGACGAUGACUUCUUUUCAAGCAUGAAGACAACUCAGGGGCAGGAAAGUGUUAAACAGCUAGAAGGGUACCUUGCCUCUAAAGUAGACAACAAAGAGAUACUACAAUCUUAUCCUCAAUUGAGGCUACGCCGAAUCCAACGUGAUCGUAGGAUCCUCCUCCUAUUGGCGGAAGCUGAGAUGGCUCUGGAGGUGGAGGUGAAGUACGUGCCGGAGGUCAUUGUGUGCUGUACUGUUCUCCACAACAUCUGUGUGAGCAACGGGGACCUCCUGGAGCCAGAUGCUGAUGUCGAUGUUGGGAGAGCAGCAAGGGACCAACCCGCACCAGGACCAGCACCAGCACCCCCAGGAACCGUCUCUGGGGCUGACAACAGACAGAGGACGGCAAUGAAAAACCUAAAGUUUGCAAAACAACGUCUAUUUGAAUCUGGUGACAAGCCUGGUAAAUACCUGGCACGCCUUGCCAAAAGGAGAACAGAGUCACAGACUAUCGUGUCAAUCACAGACUCUGAAGGCAAUAGAUCUUUUGAAACAAAAGUUAUCAAUGAUAAGUUUGCAGCUUUCUAUAUGAAUCUGUAUCAAGCUGAACAUAGUGAAGAUAAUCCUCAACUCAUGCAACACUUUUUCUCCAACAUUGAUCUCCCCACGAUUUCGGAGGAGCAGAGAACUAUCCUAAAUGCCCCCUUUUCAAAGGAGGAAAUUCUCAACGCUCUAACCAAGCUCCAGUCAGGAAAAUCGCCGGGCCCUGACGGCUUUGUAUGCGAAUUCUAUAAGAAAUUUUCAAAUUUGUUUCUGGAUCCCUAUUUAGCUAUGCUAGAACAUUCGGCCACAACAGGAAUCCUCCCCCCAUCAUUAAGGGAGGCCAAUAUCUCACUUAUUUUAAAAAAGGGCAAAUGUCCUGAAAAUUGUGCCUCUUACAGGCCUAUUGCUUUACUAAACUCUGAUUUGAAACUGCUUUCCAAAUUGCUGGCUCUACGGCUCGAACGUUUCCUCCCCUGUAUCAUUAACACAGACCAAACUGGAUUUAUAAGGGGUCGGAACUCUUCUGAUAGUGUGAGGAGGCUCCUCAAUAUUAUCCAGCUUAUGCAUGAACGGGAGGAUGCUGGUCUAGUGCUUUCUCUCGAUGCGGAGAAGGCAUUCGACCGCGUCGAAUGGCCCUAUCUUUUCCAUACAAUGAAUGCUUUCGGUCUCGAAGCAGAGGAAUCACAGCUCAGGAUUGUGGUUGUUGGGAAAACUGGAGUUGGCAAGAGUGCAUCAGGAAACACCAUCUUGAUGAGAAAAGCCUUUCAAUCUAAGGUGUCCUCUUCCUCACUGACAUCACGUUGUCAAAAGAAAACCGCAGAGUUUGGUGGACAAACACUGGAAGUUAUUGAUACUCCAGGUCUGUUUGACACUGGAAGACAACAAGAGGAAGUGGUGACAGAGAUUGGGAGAUGUAUCACAAUGGCUGCUCCUGGUCCUCAUGUGUUCCUGGUUGUGAUCCAGCCAAACAGAUUCACAAAAGAAGAACAAGAAACAGUGAAAAUCAUUCAGAAGAUGUUUGGAGAACAGGCAGCACGUUACACAGUGGUCUUGUUCACACAUGGAGAUGAUCUGAAGGAGGAAGAAGUCUCCCCGGAUGAAUUCAUUGGGAAAAAUCCAGCUCUUCAUAAUUUCAUCAUGCAGUGUCAUGGAGGAUACCAUGUUUUUGAUAACAGAGACAAGGAUCCUUCUCAGGUCAGUCAGCUGCUGAAGAAGAUCAAUGCAAUGGUUCAGAGAAAUGGAGGAAGAUACUACACCAGUGAAAUGUUCCAAGAGGCUCAGAAAGCCAUAGAGGAAAAACUGAGAGUGGUGCUGGUGGGUCAGGAGAGAGUGGGGAAGAGUUCAGCAGGAAACACCAUCCUGGGAAAGAAGGAGUUUGACUGUAAGUUCAGUAGCACACCUGUGACACUGAAAAGUGAGAAGAGAGAAGGUUUUGUUCUGGAUCGCAGAGUCAGUGUGGUCGACACUCCUGGGCUCUUCAGCACUGAGCUGAGUGAAGAGAAGGUGAGAGCAGAGCUGAUGAAAGCAGUAGAGCUGAGCUCUCCAGGUCCACACGUCUUCCUCCUCAUCAUCCAGCUCGGAAGAUUCACUGAACAAGAACAGAAAGGUCUAGAGACACUGGAGAAGAUGCUGUCCCCUGCAGUCACUGAUCACACCAUGGUGCUGUUCACUUAUGGAGACCGACUGGAAGAUACCAAGAUAGAACAGUUCAUCAGAGAAGAUGAGAACCUGCAGAAGCUGCUCAAGAAAUGUAGCGGCCAGUACCAUGUGUUCAACAACAGAGAGAUGGAAAACACUGAUCAGGUCAAAGAGCUCUUUGACAAAAUUGAUUCCAUCUUCAAGGGAGAAUAUUUUACUCUCCAGCCUGCAGAGGAAUCACAGCUCAGGAUUGUGCUUGUUGGGAAAACUGGAGUUGGCAAGAGUGCAGCAGGAAACACCAUCUUGAUGAGAAAAGCCUUUCAAUCUAAGGUGUCCUCUUCCUCACUGACAUCACGCUGUCAGAAGGAAAGAGCAGUGAUUGGUGGACAAACACUGGCUGUUAUUGAUACUCCAGGUCUGUUUGACACUGGAAGACAACAAGAGGAAGUGGUGACAGAGAUUGGGAGAUGUAUCUCAAUGGCUGCUCCUGGUCCUCAUGUGUUCCUGGUUGUGAUCCAGCCAAACAGAUUCACAAAAGAAGAACAAGAAACAGUGGAAAUCAUUCAGAAGAUGUUUGGAGAACAGGCAGCACGUUACACAAUGGCCUUGUUCACACAUGGAGAUGAUCUGAAGAAGGACGAAGUCUCCCUGGAUGAAUUUAUUGGUCAAAAUCUAGCUCUUCAUAAUUUCAUCAAGCAGUGUCAUGGAGGAUACCAUGUUUUUGAUAACAGAGACAAGGAUCCUUCUCAGGUCAGUCAGCUGCUGAAGAAGAUCAAUGGAAUGAUUCAGAGAAAUGGAGGAAGAUACUACACCAAUGAAAUGUUCCAAGAGGCUCAGAAGGCCAUAGAGGAAAAAAUGAAACAACUCCCAAAUAUGACACUUGAAGUUGCAAGAAAAAUUGCAGAGGAAAACAACUUCUUUCUUCAGGGCAUAGCUGUUGGAGCUGCAAUUGGAGGAACUGCUGGGUUGUCUGGGGGUCCACUAGGAGCUGCAGCAGGAGCUUUAGCAGGAACUGUAGUAGGAGCUACAGUGGGAGCUAUAAUUGAAGUGAAAAAGAAGGCAUGUGUUAUUCAGUAA